AUGGCAAUAAACAUCUAUCUCCUUUCCAUCAGCGCUGCUGCCGUGAUAAGUUGCUACCCUGGACCCAAAUCAGCGGCAGUAACUGAUUGGUAUGUUGCUUUUUAUGCAUGGAGGGGAGAUCUGCAUCUGCAAAAUCGAGCAUGGCAUGACCAAUACGGCGACAUAGUCAGAACAGGACCCAACACCUUGUCUUUCAACUCCCAUCCAAUGUUCACAGAUAUUUACAAGACUGGCGCCAACGUUCGUAAAGUUGACGCAUGGAAAGUGUACAGCCCCAGCCGCCACAGUCCGAAUAUUUUUAGUGCAAUCAAUAAAGAUGCCCAUGGGUUCAAACGCCGUGUACUGAAGUCAGCAUUCUCUGACCAGGGUCUAAGCGAAAUCGAAGAAAAGAUUAUUGGGCACAUUAGAAGGUUGACUGCGUGUUUUUGCCCUAAGAAUAUUGAAUCCUUGGCCAAGGAAUCAGACGGCUGGUUGUCACCGAUAAAUGUGGCACCUCUAUGCGACUGGUUUGCUUUCGACCUUAUCGGUGAUAUUACAUACGGAAGUAGUUUUGAGAUGCUAGACUCGCCUCAGAAGCGAUGGGUCCGUCCAGUAUACACAAAGCUAUCGCAUCGAGGAGCGAUGCCCAAGAUCUAUAAGUGGAAGAUAGAUCAAAUAUUCUUUGCCCCGACGUAUAAUGACAUCCUUUCAGCAGGCAAUUGGGUAUACAGCCGGGUCAAAAAUCGUGCGCAUGUUGGAGAUGAGGUUCAAGGAAAGGAUGUGUUUUCGGCUAUGAUCCAAGCUAAAGAUCCGACCACUGACCAAGAAUAUAACAUGAGAGAUAUUUGGUCAGAAUCUAUGGCGUUAUUAGGAGCAGCUACCGAAACUACAUCUGCGACCAUGAGUGCGUUGUUUUUCUACGUUCUCCACGAUAACGACGCCCUCUCUCGUGUCACCACCGAAAUUCGUGGCACCUUCAAUAGUGCAGAUGAGAUACACACUGGUCCUAAGUUGGACUCGUGCCAAUUUCUUCAGGCUUGUCUGAAAGAGACACUGAGACUCAAUCCAGGCGUGCCAUUAGGUUCUCCGCGUCGUGUACUAGCUGGUGGCCUCAUAGUAGGUGGCCGGCAUAUCCCCGAGGCAGUGACAGUGUCCUCUUCACUCUACACCCUCAUGCGCAGGCAAGAGUAUUUUGAGGAACCAGAUGAGUUCCAUCCGCAAAGGUGGAUUGUAGACCCUAAGUCAGGUAUUGAUGCAAAGAGUGUCCGUAUGGCACAGCAGGUGUUCUGUCCGUUUGGCUUCGGUGCCACAUCAUGCAUCGGAAGGAGAUUGGCCUGGAUGGAUAUUAGCGUGGCCUUUGCAAGGAGCGUGUUCCAAUAUGACAUGCGAAAGACAUGUGAAUUUCCUUUUAAGUCGUACACGGCCGCGGUUCCUUUGCAAGGAGUUAUUGUACAAUUUAGAAAAAGAAAGAACUAG